GAAACACAAGAGUUGAGGACGACGUUUCGAAUGUCUUCUGCUUACACUUUGAAUUUCGUGGUGGAAGAAAUUUAUCAUUCCUCAUUAUUCUCAAUGUGCCUGUAAUGUCAUAUAGUACAGUAUUUACUUGUUAACUUUCUUUAGAGAACAUUUAGUUGUUGUUACUUUUAUUAUUUUUGCUGCGAAGAUUUGUUUUUAAAUGUAAUUUGAAGUACUAGCCCAGUAUGUUUACUGCACACAUUGGGCAUCUUAGCCUAAUGCCAUAAAAAGUUAUGAUAAGUAGCAUAUACCACUACCAGGACACUGUUUUGCGGCCAUCUUGAUCGCGUUUAUUUUGAAGAGUAAACACACAAGCAUGUGGCUUUUGACAAGAAGUUCUGUAGAUCUGUGACAUGAAGCUGAAAGAACUAGAAAGUUGCUUGCAGUGUGUGGAAGUCUUCAAAAGUCCAAAAGUGAAGUUGGAACAGUACCCAACAAGUCCACAUAUUGCAUCACGGAUGUUGCAUACAAUUGACACACGUUAUAAAGAUUUGGAUGGUUGUAUGGUAGCAGAUUUAGGAUGUGGUUGUGGAGUCCUGGCAGUUGGAGCAAGUUUACUUGGUGCAAGUAUGUGCUUUGGUAUUGACAUUGAUAAGGAUGCUCUGGACAUUAGUUAUCAGAAUUCCUGUGAAUAUGAAUUGAAGAAUCUGGAGUUGAUACAGAUGGAUGUGACAAAGUUACCUGAUGCACAAUGGAAUCAACUGUUUGAUACUGUUAUCAUGAAUCCUCCGUUUGGGACAAAACGUAACAGAGGAAUUGAUAUGCUGUUCUUAAAAACUGGGCUUAAUAUGGCCACGCGAGCUGUGUAUAGUCUGCACAAGACUGCCACAAGAGAGCAUAUACGAAAGAAAACUAAAGAAUGGGGUGUCAACAUGGAAGUGAUUUCCGAACUUAGGUUUGACCUUCCUUCAAGCUACAAGUUUCACAGACAACAGUCCGUGGAUAUUGAAGUAGAUUUUAUUAGGUUUUCUUUUCCAUCUUCACAUCUUCCGAUCAAAUGUACAGAAAAAAAUUACUUAUUAUUGAAAAAGUAGUAAUUGUGAAAUAAAAAUCACUUGGAUAUAGAUAGCAAUUUUUCAUUUGUUAGUACUCUUGAAAAUAAUUAUGACCAUGAUCAGUUAAACAUUACUGUGGGAAAAAUUUUUAUCCAAAGAGAAGAUUGAACUCUUAAUGAUUCAUACUACAUAUCAUUAUAUUGCUGGUGUUCACUAGAUACAUUUGUGUCUGAUUUUACUUACAACUUUAGAAAUUUAAGUGUUUCAGGUUGAAAAUACCUCUUACUUUUAAAUAGACAUUAUGAAAAUACCAAUAUUUGUUUUUUGGAAAUGCAGAAAAUGUAAGUACCAUUUGAAUUUGUUUGUUAUGCUCUCCUUUCUACAUUUAGUAAAUAUAUGACAAAUCUAGGAACAGGUACUCUUCUUCCUCUGUAAUAGCUCUUGAAAUUAAUCAUGACAAGUCAAAAGUAAACA